AUGCGCCAAAUUGAGCGUCUUAGCAUUGCGGUUCUGCUGCUUUGCUCUAUUGUGUGGCUUGCGAAACGCUUCAACAAUCCGUCCUUGGAGGUUCACCAGUUGUCUCGUUGGCACAAUGGGAUCAAUUUGGGAUACACAACGCCCAUGCCAACACCCACCAUUUCUCAAAACACGUCAACCACUAGAAAAAAACGGCCAAGUAUCACCGACCUGACGCCCUCACGGCAUAAGGGAGCUGAGUCGCCUAACAAUGAGCACCCCAAGAUCAAGAUAACAGCAAUCGAUCGCGUUAUUGUUGUUGGAAAGACGAAAGAGGACGAUACGAACUGGGUAGCGAACGAGUUGUCCAGCUGGCAGCACGCAAUCUAUGCAGUGGAUGACCCCGAUGCACCCCUCCAUGUAGCCAAGAACAAAGGGAGAGAAGCCAACGUGUACCUGCAAUACAUAAUCGACAAUUAUGAUGACCUCCCCUCCACCAUCGUCUUCCUCCAUAGCCACCGCGACGGCUAUCCAAGAGCCUGGCAUACGGAAUUCUCCGACCACAGCAAUGUACGUACCGUCCGAAUGUUGCAGACAGAUUUCGUCCAGCGCAACGGUUACGCCAAUCUGCGCUGUAACCCCAAUCCGGGCUGUCCUGACGAGAUCCGCCCAUUUCGCGGAUUAAGCGACGAAAAGCACUUACCGGAGCAAGUGUUCCCUGAGGUUUGGAAGACGUUCUUCAACAAUACCAAUGUCCCAGAGGUCAUCGCGACCCCAUGCUGCGCGCAAUUUGCGGUGUCGAAAACGCAGGUGUUGCAGCGCCCAUUGAGCAGUUAUGUGCGGUAUCACAAAUGGCUUAUGGAGACCGAAUUACCAGACGACACCAGUGGACGGAUCAUGGAGUAUAUGUGGCAUAUAAUUUUCGGGCAGGAUCCCGUCUAG